AUGGUUGGUUUCGACCUCGGCGCUCAUAUAGUUGGGAUGGUUGGAAGGUCGCUUGAUCAAAAAGUUGCAAGAAUAACUGGACUAAGUCCUGCUCGCCAAGGUUGGGAUUCCAGAUCUGGUCGCUUAAAUAACGGAGAUGCUCGAUAUGUCGAAGUCAUUCACACAGAUUCUAAUGGAGCUUUAGGACACGGCGUUAACGAAGCGAUUGGACAAGUGGACUUCUUCGUAAAUGGUGGAUCUAGACAGCCAGGCUGUUUCCUCAACAAUCGUUGUAAUCACGAGUAUGCCUGGAAAAUAUUCGCUUUAUCAAUCGUACAAAAUAUUUUUGGAAAUCAUUGUAGGAAUCGUCACCAAGUUACGCUAAAUACAUGUAGACGCGGAGAUAUUCUUAUAAUGGGCAAUAUUCAGCUCAACAAAAGAGGAUCUGGAUUAUACCGCGUAAACACGUGAAAGCUCUAAAUUUUCCUGCUCUUAGUGCCACAUCUUCGAUAGAAACAAUCAGUUGGAUUUUUUAUUUAUUAAACUGAAAUUUAAAUAAAAAUUUAUUUAAAUUUUUAUUCAUUAAAAAAAAUCGCCUGUACAUUUCGAACAUAUGAUGUGAGGAAUGAGCUUCUAUUUAUUAAUUUAGUUCAUGACAAUAUAAAAUUAGUAAACUAAGCAAUUGUGUUAAGUAGAAAGUUCAAUCUAAAAAUGAGUAAAUAAAGUUAUUCAAAAAUUUAUAUAAAGCUGAUCGUUAAUUAAAUAUUUUCGUUUUA